CCCGCCGGAGGCCGAGCGCAUGCGCAGGGUCAAGGGUCACGGGCAAGAUGGCGGCGACGGCGACCUUCCGUCGGCUGCUGGUCCUGCCCCGGGCCGCGCGGGGUUUUGCGGUGCGGGUGUCGCCGACAGGGGAGAAGGUCACGCACACCGGCCAGGUUUAUGAUGAUAAAGACUACAGGCAAAUUCGGUUUGUAGGUCGCCAGAAAGAGGUGAAUGAAAACUUCGCCAUUGAUUUGAUAGCAGAACAGCCUGUGAGCGAAGUGGAUCACCGGGUGAUUGCCUGCGAUGGCGGCGGGGGUGCCCUGGGCCACCCCAAGGUGUACAUAAACCUGGACAAAGAAACGAAAACCGGGACGUGUGGCUACUGUGGCCUGCAGUUCAGGCAGCACCGUCACUAGCACCAGCACGCGUCCUCGCUGCAGGAGUGCCUGGCCUGGGAGCACGGUGUGAGGCCUGUUCCCCAGCAGGCACCCCGGGACUGAAUAAAGGCACCGCCAUCAA